AUGGCUGUUAAGAAUAGAGGUGCUGUGAGAAAGACCGUGUCGUUUUCAGAUGAUAACACUCUUACAAAUCGUAACAAUAAGAGGAAACACGUUGACCAUGAAGAUCCUCCAGUGUAUGUUCGCAAGACGAUCUUGACGAUCCCAUGGCAUUUGAUAGGCCUUAUCUAUUACUAUACGUGCGUUUCAGAGGGUUACGACAGCUGGAAGCUACUAUUUGCGCUAAUUCCUCUGCAAGUUCUAUAUCUGAAGUACCAAUUCAACAAAUCGACAAUUUAUGGCAAUAAGAUUCUGAAGCUGAAAGGUUCACUGGCGAUUAUAUCGGCUUGCGCCACGUUACUGUUGACAGUACCGGCUGUAGUCAUUACCAUUCUGUUCGGAGCACCAGCGACUGAGAAAUGGAGGGAAACGUGGAUAUUCUCGCUGCAUUGCUGCUACCUUGCAUAUCCCGCUAUCUACCAGGUGUUCAACGGGGACUUCAAAGUGGGCCUGUGGAAAAAGUACUUUAUUAUGAUUGUCAUAGGAGCCUGGUGCAGCUGCGUGGUAAUACCGCUUGACUGGGACCGCGAUUGGCAAGCUUGGCCAAUACCCGUGGUUGUCGGUGCUUACAUUGGGGCUUUCCUGGGUUACUCCUUUGGGUCCCGCUUUUGA